UAAAAAAAUUACAAAAAUGCCACUUAAGUUAAAAAAUGUUUAAGAAAUGUAAAUGGCACUUAAUAACAUUGUUAUCGCUUAAUGACAUUAUUAUCGGAAUUAUAUAUAUAUUGAAUUUUCAGAGGCUUUAUGGUAGUAUAUUCGAAUUCAAACACGAUACCUUCUCUCUAAAAACUCUCUAGAAACAAUACGUAAAGUUAAACAAGCUAGUACUCUAGAUCGAACAUCAAUGGCAUACCAAGACGUGCAUGAUAACGAUCCGGACUUUGAAAAUUUAGGAGAUAAUAUAGAUUAUUCUGAUAGAUUUGUUACCGAUAGAGAAUUUGAUUCUGUAGAUGAUUUACAUACUUGGGCUAAUGAGAUAGCACUAACAAUUGGAUUUCAAUUUACACGUGCUUCAUAUAAAAAAAAAGAAGGGCGUUCUAGAGUGAGUCUGUACUUAAGAUGUCACCGUUACGAUAAAAGAAGUGUUGAUUUGCAUAACUUAGACAAUGCUCCCCGACCAGGUUCCAAAAGUAGGGGUUGUGGGUGUAAAUUUAUGAUUUUAGGAACUAGUCGUAACCCAAAGGAAAGACCUUGGACGGUUAGAGUGUUUCCUGGUGAAAAAGGAAUACAUAACCAUCCGUUCUUCAUGUACGUAGAUGGUCAAAUAAGAGUAAAUAGGAUGACUGUGGAUAUCAGGCAGCACAUACGAGAUCUAAGUGCAACUGGCAUGCAACCAGCAUUUAUAAUGUCUUCAAUUAGAAGAAAUUUUCCUCGUUUUUAUGCUAGUAUGAAUCAAAUUUACAAUGAGAGACAGUCAAUGAGGAGAGAAGAGAUGGAUGGUAGGACUCCUCUUCAACACUGUCUGUAUAUGGCCACGGAGCAUAAUUAUGUAGUUUGGAGGGACUUGGAUAGUGAGGAUCAGUUGACUAGAUUAUUGAUUGCGAAUCCAACUUCUAUCCAGAUGCUACGUUCGUGGCCCCAUGUUGUGUUGAUAGACACAACGUACAAAACGAAUAAGCAAAAGUGGCCCCUUUGCGAAAUCAUUGGAAUGACGCCAACGAAUCAUAAUUUCUUGGUUGCAUUAUGUUUGAUGCGAGAUGAGGCGGCUGUGUAAACGGGAAUGCAUGGCGUAAAUAAACUUAUACAUAUUCUUUGGGUAAACGGGAAUCAUUAUGUUCAGCUUUUAAUGAACGAUGAUUCAUCUCCAGUGCCGCCAGUCCAACAAAAUUGGAGAGCAGCUAACAAUUCAUGUGCAGAUUUAGAAAGACAAUAUCGUAAUAGGAUA